CACAUGGCCCCUCACACGGCACGUGCACAUGAGGCUGUGGCACAUCACAGCGGCACAUGUGCCACGCCGUGCUGCACGUGGAGGUUGUGACCUCAGUGCCCAAGGGGCAGGGGUCAUACCAGGCUGCAGGCCCCUCCCUGCGGCGGGGCGGAGCGGGGAGCAGCCGGACCCCUGGCGUCACCCUCCUGGGGGUGGAGGCCAGGGCUGAGGCUGUCCCGGGAGCUUUCCCAGUGCCGCCUGCCCCAUUCCUGGCCUGUAACGCAGAAGGGAGGGAAAUGCCGGGUUAAUUGCAUCCUGCCUAAUUAUCCCAGUGUGCGCAGACUGAGUCACUGCCCGCCAGCGCCCCACAUCAGCCCUGGGGACCAGCCCUCGGUGGGUGGCAUCCCACCCGAUCCAUGUCGCUCUGGGUCUGUGCGCGGAGCUCCUCCUAGGGCCCCGGUAUGCCCCCGCCCACAGAGCCCCAGGGGUGACCGGCCCAUUGCCACAGACCCACCAGGCAAAGCCGGCUGAGAAGGGCCUGCCCUGUCUCGCUUGUGAGGACCUGGGAGCUGCAGGGGACAGAUGCCUAAGUGCCCUGUGACCUCUCCCCCCAACCUGUCUGUUUGCACCAUCCCAGUCAGCCCUGCCCUGUGUCCCAGACAAAUCCCUGCCUCUCCUUGUAGGGUCCCGUCCCAUGCUCAUCGCCCUGGUGCAGGAAGGUCCCAGGGGCACCUGGUCCCCGUGGCCUGGGGGAUGGGGCAGGCCUUCCCCUGCUCUCAGCAGGUGCUGGAUCAGGAUCGGAGCAGCCUGCCAUCCGGUGACUCAGACCCUGCAUCUGUUGCCUGGCUGCUUCAGCGCCCAGAGGCCCUGCUGCCUGUCCCGGCUCCGUCCCAUUGCCCUGUCCCCAGAACAUCACCCCAGCCCUCCUCGCUGCCUUACACCUCCCUCCAGGCCCUCCAAACCUUGGUCUCCCCUGCCUCCAGCCCCCAGUGCCUCUGGUUACCCAUGCCCCCCACCCUCCGUGACAGUGCCCUCUUUCUGUGGGUGCAGGGCCCCGCUGGAUUGGGCCCGGUGUGCACUGUGCUGCCCCUUUAAGCUCCCCGGGCUGGCAUGCCAGAGGCGUGCUCCAGCGCCCAGUGAGGUCAGAUAAGACACUAUAUUUAUCUAGCCGGUAACCUGAGCUGAGAAUUUCUUCAGCGGCUCACGCAGCGGCUCAGCCCUCGGCCCGUUCCAGCCUGGUCCCCGGCAGAGCCGUCUGCGCAGACAUCCCGUCCUGUCCCGCAAACAGGUUAGUAGCCAUCGGGUUUCUGCUUGCGCGCCAGAGCCAGCGCCGCGCUGAUCCCGACGUGACCCCGUCCCGGCUGCUCCGGUGUCGCCCCAUGACAAACCGUGACCCUCCGGCCCUGCUCGUCCACACGCAGUCCUGGGGCCCAGGAUGGUGUGACACAGCCCGGGACGCUCCGCGGAGCAGGCAGCUGGCACAAAAGUGGCGAUCUUAGAUGUCGAUGCUGCCAGUGGUGCUCACCCAGCCCCGGCCACCAGGAUGUCCCAGCUCUCCUCCACCCUGAAGCGCUACGUGGACUCGUCCCGCUACGCAGAGACCACCUACAGCAAGACCCCCAGCUAUGGCUCCUACUCCUAUGGCUCCAACCUUACCACCUCCUACCCAGACAAGGACAAAAUCGGCUUUAAAACUGGCCCCACUGGCACCUACAUGGCUCCUAGCCAUCUCCGUGCCACGGGCUCCUCCCCGACCAGCUACGACCCGGGCCGGCUGUCCCUGCACUCCGACCCCAGCAUCCGGCUGAACCUGGGCUACAGGCACGUGCCAGGGCGACCAGUGGGUACCAGCGGCCUAAACGGGGGAUCCUGCUACUCCUAUGCCGGUUCGCCCAGCAGCCCCACCAGCUACGUCCCAGCGCCGGCCUCCCUGAGCCGCAAGAAGUCCAGCAGCCACUCGGACCUGGCGCGAGAGUUUGCAGGGCUGCACACGUCCGAGUCGUACCGAGUGGACUCGCCUGCCCGCAGCCCCGUCGUCGCCCGCAACCGGCCGGAGCUGUGCGCCCUGCAGAGUCUCUACCAGGCCGCCAGCCGCUCGGAGUAUGUUCAGGAGUACCUGCAGUCCUACAGCCGCAAGGGCGGCCGCCCCCUCGCCAGCCCCCACCCCUCAGCCCAGGAGAUUAUCACGCCCACCCUGCGCACCCCCAGCCACUGCUCCAGCCAGCCCUGGGAGCGCAGCCAGAGCCGCACCGACUCGCCUGCCAGGGAUGCUUCGAACUCCAAGACGGUGCAGGGUCUGACCGGCCUCCGCAACCUGGGCAACACGUGCUUCAUGAACUCCAUCCUGCAGUGCCUGAGCAACACGCGGGAGCUGCGGGACUACUGCCUGCAGAGCCAGUACCUGCGGGACCUCAACAACACCAGCCGCAUGCACACGGCCCUCAUGUCAGAGUUUGCAAAGCUGCUCCAGCUGCUCUGGACCUCGCCACCCAAUGAUGCCGUGAGCCCCUCGGAGUUCAAGACACAGAUCCAGAGAUACGCCCCCCGCUUCGUGGGCUACAACCAGCAGGAUGCCCAGGAGUUCCUGCGCUUCCUCCUCGACGGGCUGCACAGCGAGGUCAACCGGGUGCUGGUUCGGCCCCGCGCCAGUGCCGACAACCUGGAUCACCUCCCGGAUGAGGAGAAAGGGAGGCAGAUGUGGAGGCGGUACCAAGAGCGGGAGGACAGCCGGAUUGGGGAUCUUUUUGUGGGACAGCUGAAGAGCUCCCUGACCUGCAGCGAGUGCGGCUACUGCUCCACGGCCUUUGACCCCUUCUGGGACCUGUCCCUGCCCAUCCCCAAGAAGGGCUACGGGGAAGUGACCCUCAUGGAUUGCCUGCGCCUCUUCACCAAGGAGGACGUGCUGGACGGGGACGAGAAACCGACAUGCUGUCGCUGCAAGGCCCGGACGAGGUGCACCAAGAAGUUCAGCAUCCAGAAGUUCCCCAAGAUCCUGGUGCUCCACCUGAAGCGCUUCUCGGAGGCCAGGAUACGCACCAGCAAGCUCACCACCUUCGUCAACUUCCCGCUUAGGGACCUGGACCUGCGGGAGUUCGCGGCACAGAGCUGCAACCAUGCUGUUUACAACCUGUAUGCCGUGUCGAACCACUCCGGGACCACCAUGGGGGGACACUACACAGCCUACUGCAGGAGCCCCGUGUCCGGCGAGUGGCACACCUUCAACGACUCCCGCGUCACCCCGAUGUCCUCCAGCCACGUGCGAGGCAGCGAUGCCUACCUGCUCUUCUACGAGCUGGCCAGCCCGUCUUCCCGUAUGUAGCUCCUGCCGCCCAGCCCCGGAGCCUGGUGCCCGCGGGGCAGAGAGGACAGGACCACGCCUCGGGGGGCAGGUGCACAGGGCCCUGCCCCAGGCCAGAAGAGAUGGCAAGGCUGCCCCUGGCAUGACAUCCAGGGGGGUUCCCAGCAUUGGCUGAGCGAGGAGGAGAAGAGCUGGCACUGAGGAGCUGGAGUCGCGGCCUCACCGUCGGCAGGGGCUGGCGUUUAGCUUCGUUUGUUCCCUUUGGUGUGUAAUAAAAUGCUGAGCAGCAACAGAGGGCACGGGAGCCUGGCUGCGCCCUGUGCCCCACAGCACGCCGCCCAGGCAGCUUGGGAUCGUGCCUCCUUCACCCAGUGUGGCGGCGUCCCCGGAGCCCAGCACUGGGCAUUGCUGCCUGCACCCAGGACACCACGGCACUGCAGGAAGGGAAGGACACUGCGCUGCCCCUACCCUGCCCCUUCCUGGGCCAGGACUCGGAGCCCCAGCAGGCCCGUGCCCAUCUCAGCUGGCCAGGGGGAGCCUUGUCGAGCUCCUUUGCAUCCGUAAGGGACCUUUCUCGGCCCGCAGCCGCUGCCCAGCUCCGCGGGUCCCCGCUUUGGGCGGGUUCUACCUGCCUCCUAUACAACGGUGCCUUAAAACAUUGGGGAGCGGCUGGGGGGCCCCAUCCCCCCAGGCUGGGCUGUGCCCUGCCCCUACCCCGCUGCUCUGGGGCAGGCUGGGGUGCUCGGCCCUGCCCACAGUGCCCAGGGGAGCCAGCAGCUUUCCAGGGACCGGCUGCGUCUGCCCCAUGAGAUCUGCAGCACCUGGCGGGGGCAAGCCCCUGUUCCAAGUGGGAGCAUGCAGGGUGGUCAUCCCACUGCCCCUGGCCCUGAGAGCCUUUUUUAGCUUUUUCUGUAAUUUAUUCUCUCAGCCCCUUUCCUCCCACUCGUGUCCAGGGUGGGGGCACAUCCAGUGUGCCCAGCGGUUGGCCUGCCCCCUGCACAGCCCUCACUCCCGCAGGGCGGGUCGGAGAGGACCGUGCACGGCUCACGGAGGGGCUGGCGAGGGCAUCGUGGAGGGGAAGGGGCACCAUGGGGGGCUGUGGGUGCAUUGCUUGUUUACUGUGUAAGCAAGGCGAGUGGGAGAGCGUGUUGUACAGGAAUAAACUGGAGCUCAAACACC